AUGUCUGGGUGUUCUAGGUGUUAUUUCAAAGAGUUUAGCAAUACAGGGCAUUUGGAUAUAACUGAAACUGCUUCACAUUCCCAAUCAACGUCCUCCAUCUGCAAAUGGACCUCAAAGCCUUACCACUCCUUGUUUUCCACUCCCACAACAGACACAAUUAUGUUUCCUUCCUUACUUAGCAUAUAUUGUUUACAUGAAGUUGAUAUUAGCAAUUGUGGUUUAAGUCAACUAUUCCCUGAGGCAAUUGGAUGCUUACACUGGUUAGAAAUGUUAAAUCUUGGAGGGAACAAUUUUGUGACACUGCCUAGCCUUGGGGAGCUUUUCAAGCUUGUAUAUUUGAACUUGGAGAAUUGCAAGAAAUUGGAAUAUUUGCCCGAGCUUCCUUUCCCUACUACAAUCGAGCAGGAUCUUCGAAAGAACAAAUAUUGGAAGAGAACAGGAUUGUUCAUUUUCAACUGUCCUAAAAUAAGUAUUGCAGUAUUUCAUCUUUCAAAAUUGAAAUAUCUGAAUUUGGGAUAUAAUCCAAAUCUCAUUGACAGUUUGCCCGAAUUUCAGUCUAGUUCACUCACCCAGUUAUACCUUGAAUACACAGGUUGUCCGAAUUUCAGUUUAGUUCACUCACCCAGUAGUUAUACCUUGAAUACACAGCGGCUGAGCAAAGGGGCUGGUGUGCGGCGAAGUCGAUGGGAUGAUGUUGUGGUAGUGGUGAUGGCAGCAACGUCGUCGGCCGUUGCGGACUUGCGGUGA